CAUGGGUUUUCCGGUGUGCUACAGCGAGCUGCUCCUCCCGAAGCUCCUCCUCGACACGCUCUCCAUCUUCACCGCCCUCCGGAGGCUCAUCUCCGCCCUCCUCCGCCUCGCGGGCCUCUCCGGCUUCCUCGACCCGGAGGCCCGCGACCACCCGGCGUCGUCCCGGGCCGCCGCGCCCGAGCCCCCGCCGCCCUCCGUGUCGGCGGUCCUGAUGCGGGAGAUCCUGCCGGUGGUCAGGUUCUCGGACCUGGUCGACCCCCCGGAGAGCUGCGCCGUCUGCCUGUACGACUUCGACGGGGCGGACGAGAUCCGGCGCCUCGCCAACUGCAGCCACGUCUUCCACCGGAGCUGCCUGGACCGCUGGAUGGGGUACGACCAGAUGACGUGCCCGCUCUGCAGGACCACGCUCGUGCCCGACGACGCGGUCGGCGCCAUCAACGAGCGGCUCUGGGCGGCCUCGUUCGUCCCGGAGUUCCACGGAUUCGAAGAGUACGCUCACAUCACUGGCUUAUAGCAAUAAAAACUCCUCAAAACGGGGAAGACGACGGCCGAGCUUUGAUUUUUUUUUUUACCUUCUGAAUCUCUGUUUUUGGUUGGAGGGGUUGGUUUGAUCUGUAAAUAGACGAGAAUCGAUCGACCCCCCAAAAGGGUAAAAGUCCAAAAAAAAAAAAAGGAAAACGAAAUUAAUUCGUACGAUUUUGUACAUUUACUUUCGGGAAUUGAUCAAAUCUUGGC